UAUAUUAUUUUGUCUUUACAGAUUGUGAAGAAUCCCAUUAAUUGUGCCACUGGCAGAGAUACUGUACACCUGACUUGCAGUCUUGACUCUUCUAUCAGCACCUGAGUGACUAAUCUCAUAUUCAAUCAAGACCAAUGUUACUGUUCAACCAUUUCUGGGAAACCUUGCGACCGCUGUUCCGAUAAGGAUUUCUAACUCAGGAUGAGAUUCCUAUGCAUUAGUGAUACAAUUCGUUUUAGCAAUUAUGUUAUUAUAUUCAGCGAGAUGGAUCACACACAUUGGCACAACAGAACGGAAAGACUUGAGCACUGAACAAUUAAGAGACAUCCAAGACGCCUUCUCGAUGUUCAUCAGGACGUCCAAGGGUGAAAUUUCACUCGGUCAGUGUGGCGACGUGAUGAGGGCUUUGGGUUUGAAUCCUACCAAUGCAGAAGUCUUUAAAGUGCUUGGGACGUCAGAUCCCGAGGAGCUUCAAUCCAAAUUGGUCGACUUUGAGACCUUCUUGCCCAUGUUCCAGCAAAUCUCAGCAUCUUCAAAACAAGGCAAAUACGAGGACUUCGUGGAGGCGCUGCGCCCAUUGGACAAGGAAGGCAACGGCACAAUCAUGUCUGCUGAACUCCGCCAAAUACUUCUCACGCUCGGUGAAAGGUUAUCUGUGGGUGAAGUGGAGCAGGUUUUUUCAGGACAGGAAGAGUCAGAUGGCUUCAUCAGCUACGAAGCUUUUGUCAAGCACAUCAUGUCCGUAUGAAUGACAGACAGUUGCUGCCUGAGGAUGACAUCGACUAUAAAGUUCAUCUCUUCUUGGUGGAAGUCUCUCAAUGAUAUCAGCGUUGCAUCAUAUGUCUUACAGUCGAUUAAUCACAGGUUAUGAGAUGUAUAAAAAAUGCUGUGAGUUUAAAUGAGAUUAAAAUAUUUUUUAAAGCUGUAACUACCGCCUUGGCU